CUGGCGUACUUUGGCUUGAUUUGGCCCAUCUGUUCCAAUCGAAAGAGUGAGUUCAAACCGCCUGUCUGUCGUCUGGGAAAAUUUGUGCUGCGGGUCGGUUGGCCUUUUCCCCCUUUUUCCCCCGUGUUUCCGGUUGACGGUAGAGGGGGUUGGGGUUGGUCGGAUUUUUUCCGUUGUUUUACUGGUAGUAUCUUCUUUUUUCGGCAAAAGGGAGUUUUGUUUUUUUUGUUGGGUACGAUGGGUUAGUACGGAGAAUUGCUGAAUUUGGUGCAGUAUUCGCGAAUAUUUGAAAAAGCUCCCCCACGUAAAAAAAAAAUCGAAAAAUCAUCAGUUGCAGAUCUCCAAACAUGAUUGAUGGUUGUUUUAGAAAAAGUGUAGUGAAAUGUGAAGUUUAGAGUUAAGAAGUGUUGAUGAAGAUUCAAGGUUUCACUGAUCUCAGCCGUCUAGAUAGAGUGUUUAAAACAAAAUCGGUUAAUGUCGGAAGCAGAAUGUGAAGAAGAGUAAAUCCUUAAUUUUAAGGAAAAAAAUAAAUGUAACACUAAACAUCAAUCAAAAUUUCUUGAAAUGUUCACUCCCGAGGAUUAUACCGGUGGAAAGUAGGUGGCUCCAGAGAGAAGAUGUUUCUCAAACUCCGUGAAAAAUUCUUCAAGAAUCUGUGAGUGUACGUCGGAAGGCAAAGAACCUCAAAAUAUACCGCAAGAAAGCAGCUGCUUCGAACAACCGCUCCAAACUACGACUUAAUCAGAAUUAGUCCCCCAGUCGAGGGAGUGAAGAUCAAUUUGUGGCGAAAUUUAGCAGCUGUGGAAAAGUUUAUUCUCGCGAGCUCACCAUUCCUUUUCCGUUAGCAGUUUUUCUUCAAAAUUCUUAGUCUUCAUGAAAAGCAUAAGCCACCCUCCCCACGAUUUCAUUAGUGCCACAAAUUGAGUCAGUUCUUUUCGCCAAAACUAGUUCCAGGGGAAUUGUGGCAAGUGGCAAAGAAAACCCCCGAAAGAUCUGAGAAAUCAACGGAAAAAGCUGCUGAAAUAUGUCACAUCGCAUCGGUUUCCAAUAAUUUAUGCUGCUCACGAAAAAUUUCUUUCCUCGCCAGAAAAGGCUUCGGGCAAGGAAAAGUUGCUGCUCUUCAAAAUCGAAUCAAUUGUGUCAAGUGCUUCUGCCGAUUAAACAAGGAAUAAAUAAAAGGAAAAAUCGACGAUUGGAUACGCGAGAAAAGAUUUUUUUUCUCCGAAGAGAAAUCUGUUAUUUAUCUGAUCCAACGGUUAAUAACUUGGAGCCUAAAGAAGAAGAAAAAAAAACGAGUGAAAUCAGACGCUAGUUGAAUCUCGAAUAUCAAAUUGUUGACGAAUGGGCAAAAUUACAUAAAUAAACCUACGAUCGGAUACGAAUUUGUGACCCCAGUUAAUUGAGGCUGUGUCUACAAGUUGUCCUUUGAGUAGCAGAAAGUGUAGAAAUUCCAAUCAUAAUAUAAAGAGUGCGAGUAAAUUUCAAGUUUUUUUGUAGUAUUAAAUAGUUAUCAUUCAAAUUUGAUUCAACACUUUUCGGAUACAAAUUGGCUUUUAAAUGGUUGAUCCGCUUUCAUUGCUGACCAAUAAAAAUACAGCAAUUGGGGAUGAAAACAAUUGAAAGCGGCGAGAAACGGCAGCAGCAACGACGACAGUAUCACAAUGCAGCAACAAGAGAAACGACGGGAGCUGCGGUUGAAGAAGUUCUGGCGAACGACCACCAAACCGCCCACGUCGUCCGAGGACUCCGGCGGCUGCGAAAGUCCUACAAAACUCGGACGAAAGGCCUUCCAGCAGCAGCUGACAAAUAGCAGUGUCAUAGUCCAUAGUCCUCCCCGAAACCCGCCAGCAUGCUCACUGCCGCUGCUCCAGGUGUGGCCCAGCCAGGACUCCCCGCGGGGCGAAGCGGACGGGCAAAGUUUCGUGUUUCCGCUGGCAGCUGACGAUGGGCAGCAGCAGAUCAGCUAUCUGCAAACCUCGCUGAUGAAUGCGGUGCCAUCGAGCAGCAGCAGUGGUGAUCUCCGGCGGAAUUCUCUAUUCGUAGAUCAACUGCAGGCCGGUGAUUCCGGGAUCGACUCGGUUCAGGCUUCACCGUCCCCGAUAGCCAUGCCCUGUCAUCCGCUGGUAGUUUCGAAUGCCAUUUCACCAAGUGCAUCGCCCACGAUGGGUUCACCAACGCCUUCGAUAGAUCGGCAGCGACGGCCUUCGGCGUCGCUACUGCACCCGGACCAUGCUCGACUCUUUGCCCUGAGGCAAUCGACGUCACCCGACCAAACAUCACUAGAAGACAAUACUGAAUUCAAUGGUGCCAUAGGGAAUCAUCUAUGCACCGCCAGCUCCAGCACAACUUCCUCCCUGACGUCGGUGGCAGUUGCAACCUUAGGGCAGCAUCCUCAACGAUCAUCGGACCCCUGGUUACGCCCGGAACGGGACAAGGACCACCUCGAACUGGACCAACGGAGGGCAUCAACGAUGACCGGCCGCCUAUCGCUUUUCGACGCACUCGAUCUGGAGUAUGCGCUGCUCAGAGCGGCGGCUCGCGGGUCAGUGGGCCCAUACUCCCUAAGUGAAUCGCUGCACAAACUUACCUUCACCCAAUCGUUAGCCUUCCCGGCGCUGGCUCGUGGAUUGGCCUCCAAACGGCGCGCCUCGACCGAGCAGAGCACCUCCCGGCCGCUCAAUCCGAACGAGUCCGGGCUGAAUACGUUCGCCAAGGUCGUUACCGCUUGUGUUCUAGUGAUGGUUAGCUUUCUGGUGUUUCUGGUGGUGUACAAAUACGUACGGACGUGAGGUUUGCUCCUGGCCCCGACAGAAGUCACGAUCCAGGCGACGGCCUCUAGUGCCACGAUCGCUACAUAUCACCACGUGGCCAACAGAACGCUGGCGUCGGGCGUCAGGAAGCUAUUCAACCUCGAAAACUAGUGCUAGUGAAUGUUUGAAAAAAAAAAUAACGAAACAAAAUCCAGACAACCAGAAAUGGUCCUGUGAACAAGUUAAUUCUUAUGAUCUAGUAUAUAGUGAGGCGAAAUCGGUGACUACUCAAAGGUUAAAUAAGCAGCGGAGCUAAGUGAUACAACUACAGUUUCGAAUGUUUGUUUUCUAUAUAAGUUUGAUUUUGAAAGAGAAAAUUUCAAAUUGUUUUGAAUAACCUAGUGCAACGACAAAUUAAUUUUCUUCAACACUAGACCAAACCUUAAUCAAAGUCAACUCUAGCAUAUGUUCAUAGCAAUAGAAGAAUCGUUGAAACUUUUUCAAGCAAAAAGAGUUUCAUUACCAAAAGACCAUGUAAUUUUAUUCUAAUCGAUUUCCAAAACCUUAGUAUCCAAGUUCGGUAGACUAAUUAUAGUGAUCCAAUCUAAUAUUACCUGAUUAAGUUUCAAAUAAAGACGUCAAAUUAAAAUACAUUAAUCCUUAUAUUAUCCGUUAGCAGUAAAGCUCAAAUAUCUCAUUCAAACCAUAAUGAUUGAAUUUAGUUCAAUUUCAACGUUCCUUCCGAGUUGAAAAAAUCCCGUUAGAAAGUAAAGGUCAUAAUGAUCCAGAUUACUAUUUCGGCUAUACAAUCAACAAUACUAGUGAACCGAUAACCAAAAACAACAGAGCUGUUAUCUUAAAAAAAAUUUUUUUGAGUUUUUACACUUUGUUUGAACAUUUUGCAAAAAGUGACAUGAAGAUUUUUUAAUAUGUCUUAAUUCGUACCGCUUCAUCAUUACAUUAUUACAUUAAAUUAGGUGUUCAGUUCAAUAAUGAACUGUCCAGAGCCCUAUAGUUUACUAAUCACUAAAAUUUAUUUAUUGGACUUAAAUUUGCUGAGCGCAAUCAAGUAUUUUUAUGUAGGAGAACAUCCAUCAAUUAAUGUCAAAAAUAUUUUAAACUUACAACUAAAAACUAAAACUAUCCUGAAAUUAAACUAAUUAUAGAGAGAAGGAAUCUCUGCGAUGGAAGACUACAUCGAUUUGCCUCUGAAGUUAGAGAUGAUUUUGUUGGCCAUCUCUUCGAUCGAUUCAAUGCCCGCAAUCCGAUGAAGAUCUUCGGUGCUGUGCCAAGGUGGAAGCCGCAAAAUCAUUUUCAGAACCUUGUUCUGAAACCUCUGGAUGGCUUUUUCCUCGUCGCGCAGCAGCUAACCCAGAUCGGAACUGCAUACAUUAUCGCUGGUCGAAACUCGGAACACCUGUUUGUAGUGAGCAUCUUAUUUCUCUGGCACAGUCGGGAUUUCCUGUUGAUUAGAGAAUAAAGAGAUUAAGUGUAUUUAUUACAUUUAGAUUGAAUAUCUUCAAUGUGAUUUUUAAAAGUAUGAUUCCGGUCAAAUGUGAGUCCCAAGUACUUCACGUGAUCAGAUCAUUCUAAUGAAACCACAUUAAAAGUUAUGGAAUGAUUUUCAUUAGGUUUUAAAAAUUGAGCUCUUGGCUUAUGGGGAAAUAAAAUAAGUUGAGUUUUGGAAACGUUAGGAGAAAUUUUCCACAUUUUCAAGUAAUUCAAAAAGGAAUUUGAAUUUUGUUGCAAUCUACUGCGUACCAACCGUAAAUUUCGACCUUUGGCUGAAAGCAAAGUAUCAUCAGCAAAUAAUCUUCUACCUUUUCCUUCUGGUACAUCAGGAAGAUCAGAAGUAAAAAUAUUGUAUAAAAUUGGCCCAAGUAUACUGCCAUGAGGAACACCAGCUCUAAUGGGUGUCUUUUCAGAACAUGAAUUUGGAUAGCUUACUUGUAAGGUUCGGCUAGUCAAGUAGUUUUGAAAAAUUCUAGUGAGAUAUACAGGAAAAUCAAAUCGAGCUAAUUUAACUAUUAAACCUUUGUGCCAAACACUGUCAAAAGCUUUUUCAAUAUCUAGAAGAGCAACACCUGUUGAAUAACCUUCAGAUUUGCUGGCGUUAAUCAUAUUAGUUACACUCAAAAGUUGAUGUGUAGUAGAAUGUCCAUGACGAAAACCAAAUUGUUCAUCAAGGAAAAUAGAAUUCUGAUUAAUGUAAAUCAUCAUUCUAUUCAAAAUAACUCUCUUAAAUAGUAUACUUAAAGAAGGAAGCAAACUAAUUGGUCGAUAAUUUGAAGGCUCUGAAGCACUUUUUCCAGGUUUCAAAAUUGGAGUUACUUUGGCAUUUUCCAUUUAUUUGGAAAAUAAGCCAAGUGAAAACAUUUAUUGAAGUUUUUAACUAAAAAAAUUAAAUUGCUUUCGGGCAAAUUUUUAAAUAGAAUAUAGAAUAUCCCAUCUUUCCCCGGAGUUUUCAUAUUUUUAAAUUUUUUGAAAAUCAAUUUAAGUUCAUCAAGAUUUGUCUCACAAGAACUUUCAAAUACAUUUUGCUUAGAAAGAAAAUCAUCAAAUUCUAGGGAAAUUUUAACAUUUUAACAUCAAUUGGACUUACAACGUUUAAUUUAAAAUCACGAGCAGACUUAAAUUGUUGGGCUGGUUUUUGAGCUUUUUCUGCGUUAGCUAACAGAAGUUUAUCUCCAUUUUUCAAAGUAGGAAUUGGCUUCUGGGGCUUUUCAGAAUUUUAGUUAAUUUACAAAAUGGCUUUGAGUAGCGUGUUAAGUCCUCUACUGAUUUUGCAAAAUUUUCGUUACGAAAUAAAGUUCAUUUUAAUUCAAUCAAUUGACCAGUGGCUUCUAUCAAGUUUUGUGAAAAUGUAAACAUUUGCAUUUAAAGAUAAUCUUUAGUACGAAAAAGCCCCUCUCAUCAAAGAAGGGGGAUCCCCAUUCAAUAUGAGAAAAAUGUGAAACAAAAUUUGUCAGAAAACAUCCAGGAUAAUUUUCGUCGAAUACUGAAUCAAGAAUAUAUGAUUAUUGAAUAUUCAUCUACAUGGUGAAUUGAUUUCUUCAGCUAAAUAACUAUUUGGACUGCUGGAAUUUAUGAAAAUCGGUUCAUUAGUUUUCAUCACAAAAUUUAAUUAACCAAUUUUCAUAAAUUUCAGCUUUUAAGAAUCGAUGAUUUCCAUAUUUUUUGAUUUCCUCAUAAAGAAAGAAAAAAUAUUUAAAUUCAGAGUUAUGAGUUGAAGGCUGCAAUUGCACAACCGUGAAAAAAUUUAACCAGGGAAUAAGGCAAAUAAACGUGCAUUAUUUGGAAAACCUUGAAACCAAAUCAAACGCAUGAAUCUUUUAGGUAUCUAAUUAAAUCUGCAGUUUUUAGUUUUGUACAAUUCAAUUUAAUGAUCAAUUUCUAACAUUUGAGCUAUUGUUGGUCAUCAAUGUGUACCAUUCAAUUAUGAGAAAACUAAAUCUGUUUGAUCCUGCGAAUGCAAAAAAAAAAUUCUAAGAGCACCUGUAUCCGUGGUCCAAACAGCCGGUUUAGACCCAAAUUCCGACCCGAGCAACCGCAUUUGUGAUCCAUUAUACUGUGUGGUGCCAGAUCUGUUGACAGACACACACUCCCUAAACCGCAAUCCACUGUACGAUAACGACUGUGUGACUACUACUAGCAUAAGCUGGGCUGAUGUAGUUGUAAGCAUAGCUACGUCCAUUGACGAGCCAGCUUUCAGCCGAACAAGACGCGUGUGCUCCAGCCUCGUGCAACGGGUGAUUUCCUACGAGGAAGACAAAGCUGCACAUUGGCGACAUGACAGUUUUGCUAUUUAUUAGCAAUUGAAUCUGUAAGAAUGUAGGAAAUCACCCGUUUGCGAGGACAGUGGUGUUUUUUUUUAGUGGAAAAGUACAUUUUCUACGUGAAAUCUCCUAGUGUUGUGCAAAUUAAUGUGAAGUGCAAAACAAAAAGAAAAUAUGCGAGCUGAGAGUCUGCAUCAAUAUGGCGCGUUGAGAGUCCGCCAGUCAAACAAUUCCAAAGCGUGUUGGGAGUCCGCUUUUGGAAAAAGAGGCGAGACGAGAGUCCGCUUUCAAACGAACAGAGAGAGAGAGCGAGACGAGAGUCCGCUCUAAAAAGAGAGAAACAAGUGCGUUGAGGGUCCGCUUGUCUUCUACUUUGAUUGAAUAGCGUGCUAUGAGUCCGCUUGUAAAUCAGCAGAAGGAGUGGGACGAAAGUCCACUCUUAAACGGAAUAGAGAGGGCGAGACGAGAGUCCGCUUGAAAAGUAAAUAGAAUACAAGCGCGUUGAGAGUCCGCUUGUCUUCCAUUUAAAAUAGCUUACUGGCAAGCCGCUUGCAAAUCUAAUGAAGGAGCGAGACGAGAGUCCGCUUGGAAAUUAAAAAAGAAAACAUGCUCGUCGAUAGUCUGCUUGUUGAUAAUCCAAAGUUGUGCUGAAAGUCCGCUUGGAAACAUGAAUAGAGCUGGCGCGUGGAAAAAAAAUCUAAAGCGUGCUUGUAAGUCAAAUUGAAUGAAGAAAGAUUAAAGUCUAGUUGCGUUUAUUUGAAGGAAAGCUGGGUUGCUUUUGAAAAAAGAUUCAAAGUUAGCGAAGAAAAUGAAAAGCGUACUAGGGCUCCCCAUUUGGAAUUUUGUGAGAAAUAAGGAGGACCGAACAUAGACACGAAGAAUGGAAUGUAAGAAAUAACUCAAAAGCAAGAGAUUUCGGAAUAGGCUUUGGAUGAAAUAUUACGUACGCUUUGAACAAAUUUCGAUAAACAUACUCGAAAGAGAAGGAAUUGAUUCAUUCCACCUUUAACCAAUCGAGAACAAUAAAUUGAUAAAAGAAAAGCGUGCAGGUCUUGGAACAAAUUGAGUAACUUGAAAGAAAAUGAGUCGUCUGAUUGAUAAGAAUACCUACGCGAAGUAAAUGCAAAUAUAAAAAUGAAAAAAGUUCCUGAAAAAAAUGAAAUUUAUGACAACCUGAUAAAAAGCGAAUGCGAAACAACGCGUCCAUUGCUUUCAGGUCUUUAUGCUUCCAGUGUUAGUUUCAUGUAUUUUCGAUGAGCAGUGAAUGGAACAAUAUUUGCUGAGCGUAAGAAAAUAACUUAGUAUUUUACCAGUCAUGGCAAUAAAACGAGAUAAGGAAUAAAACGUGGACGGGAAUAGGUUAUGAAUAUGAUCACUAAGCGUACAAAAAGAACAAGGAUCACAACGAAUUGAAAGCUUAGCAAUAAACAAGCUUUACUGCUAUCGAGUCCAACUGUUGUUUUGGUAGGUUAUUUGCAGUAUUAUUCGUAAAUUAAGUUUUGAGUGGUUUGGUACCAGUAUCCAAGCAAAGGAACAGUUCAGAAUAGCAAGGAGAAGCUAUUUUGAACGGGAGAGUACGAUGGCUUAUGUGUUUUGCUGUGACCUGUGGGAGUGUGACUGAUAAAAGUAAAGUUUCUUAGUGUGACUCAGAUAUUUAAAUAAUUUUGCCUUACCAGAGAAUGUCCGUUAGCAUAUAUAAAUCAAAUUUGCGGAAUCAAAUAUCUCCGAGAAUCUAAGAACUUAUCCUCCGAGAAUAAGAUGAUAGAAGAAUUAUUUAAGAACAAUCUGAAAAUAUUUUAGAACUUAUUUUCUUGGAUGUUUACAUGGGAAAAGUGGUCGAGGACAACUAAGUCAACUGAGCAGCGUAUAGUUCAAACUGGUGUAACGAUUGAAAAUAAGUGUGCAAUGUAUUGCAGAUCUAGUUUGCAAUUCCAUGCAAAACAAUAAUUUGCGAAAAAGGUUGAACAACUUUAAACGCUACGCAGAAUAUACUUCAAGAGCGAUAUGGAAUAAAAAUAGUUGAAUACAGAUCACAACCUAGCCUUUAAAAAAGAAACAGAUCAGCAUAUUAAAGCAAAGGAACGUUAAAUUGAAAUAAGAUAAGAUUAAAAUACAUGUAGAAAAAAAAAGUCAACUUCGUGAUUCAAUCAUCCACCAUUUGGAGGGGAAAUAAUGACAACAUUAAGUUUCUUUAUGGAUUAAAAUAUUAUAUGAUAAAUAAAGCCCAAAAUCAGAAAACCUGCUUGUAGAUAUAUUAUCUCAUGCACACGAGGUAAGUUGAGAGAAUAUGCAUCGUUUUCUUCUUCGUUUGUGCUUCCUUAAAGAAACAUACACACUUAGAAAAAUCAACGUAGAUUUACAUGAAACUGCAUGGGUAGAAAGGAAUCGGCCUUUUACGUGCGAUAAUACUGGUUGUUUCAUGUAAAUUUUCGUCAGCAUUCAAUGCUGUUAUUAAAUGUAGGUUUACAUGAUCUAUCUCAUCUCAUGAAUCUUAUUAGACAGGGGAUGGUUACUGAAUGAAAAAAAAAACACCACUUUUAGUACAGAGAAAUAAAUUUAUUUCACUUGAAUUACACUUACACUUGGAAUUGAAAAAAAACAACACUUGGUUCGAUCACUCCCGAACUUUUGCGAGUUUUUGCUGAUUCCCCCGCCGACGGAUGAAAACGACGACUGGUUGCACAGUUGGGGCUCCAAAGAUUGUUACCUUUUCGAGAAUUUUUAGAUUUCCUGCAAAUGAUAAAACCAGUGUAAAUAUGUUACAUAAGUCACACUUAUUUUCAAAAUUGUUUUACCUCUAAUGAGCAAAUACAAUUCUAUCGAAUAUUAAACAGACAGCUGUUGCCGACGCAAAACGGGACGAGAAUCUAACAGGAGUAAAAACAAAAUUGACAAACUGACGCUGGCGCUGGAUUCAGCAUGCAUUGACAUGUAAUUUCCCUUGAAAAGGUCAAGAUGCUAUACUCUUUUUCAAUUUUCUUCCAGCGCUGGUGUUAAAAUGUAAAAUCACUUGUAAUGUAGGGUUACAUUUUUUUAUCUGUGUAUGCUCAUGAACUACAUACGCUUUAGGUGAGGAAAGGCUUCCAAAUUCAUUCUCAUUCCAAUUCAAUCAUUGGUUUUGUAUACAAAAAAAUCGCUGCAGACAAAAAGAUAAUAUAGUCAUUUUACUAGAUAGUCAAAGGAAACUGUUAGUAAACAGGCACAAUUGAAGAAAACGUUAACUUGCUUAAAAAAUCGCGGACGGCUCUACCAUCAGCUCUGCUAGCAAAAUAGAGCAGCAGGUAUCUAAGUUUUUCAGUAGCUUUUUAACCUUUGAACUCUUCCAGAGAUUCAGCUGAAGAUGACCGACUUCACAUUCACGCAAAUCGACUAUCGGUAAUUUAUACUUGAGGCGAACAGAGUUUAUUCAAAGUGGGUUCCAAGCAGUUCAAAAGAACAUGAAAGAUUAGAUAUAUAAAGUGUGGGGAAAAACAAGUGCUGUAAAACAGCAGCGAUCUUCGCUUUCAGAAACCGCUGAAGAGAGUUUACGUAAACGGUGACUUAUACGGAUCAGGAAUAACACUUACUGUGAUUGCAGCAAUUUAUAAAUGUUAUUAGCUUAUAACAGUCCUUCACGAAGAGGAUCAUGCUCAAAAAGAUAGUGGGAUUGUAGAAAAUACAUCAGAGGGUUCAUAAAAGUAAAACCUAUUUGUUUAAGAAAUGAUUAAACCAAUUUGAAAAUUUUUAAUAAAAAUAAUAAGAGUAGACGAGACAUUUUUAACAAAACAUUAAGCUUCAAUUUUUCAGGUGCAUAUUUUUCUUAUAAGUUCUUUUCAAAAGAGGUGAAAGUCGCGUUGCUUAUUGCAGGAUUGCAUUGAAACGUUUUUCAAUUUUUUUUUCAAUAGAGGAGAAGGGAGAUGUGUGGUGCCAGAUCUGUUGACAGACACACACUCCCUAAACCGCAAUCCACUGUACGAUAACGACUGUGUGACUACUACUAGCAUAAGCUGGGCUGAUGUAGUUGUAAGCAUAGCUACGUCCAUUGACGAGCCAGCUUUCAGCCGAACAAGACGCGUGUGCUCCAGCCUCGUGCAACGGGUGAUUUCCUACGAGGAAGACAAAGCUGCACAUAUACCAGAUUCAACUCAACUUUUUUUAGAGCUGGUAUAAGGAUUGAUCCAAAACUGAUGAGAUUUGAAUCCAAUUUGACGCAGUUCCAAACCGUUUGACAGUUAAUGGAACACGAGUGCAGUUGCCAGUUUUUUCAUUGGAUCGGAUCUAAUUUCUUUGGUUCAAUUCUUGUAUAAAUUAGACCGAAGAAUAGACCACGAAUACAGAUGCCCUAAGGAUUUUUACAUUUCUUCAUUACCUUUCACGAUUGAUAAGUGUUCGAAAUUAUCCGUAUUAAGGGAGGGGGAGCUAUGGGGACAAUUGCCCCGGACCCGCGGCUCAGGGGGCCUCCGAGAAAAAAAUGAAAUUUAAACAUUUUUUGCUUUAAGUUCUAGAAAACUAGGAAAGAAAAUUAAAAUCGGAACUAAAAUGUUCAAUAUAACAUGUAAGGCCCCCCUUUGAAAUAAUAUCCCGAAUAGUUUCACUCUUAAGAAGAGAAGAAUUACAGAAUUUUUUCCCACAAUUUUUUGACUGAACAAAUGAGUACAAAUUUUUAAAUACCCUGGCAAUAUCUGGGCAUUUGAUCUCGAAUUUUACAACAUAAAAUCCGUACAAAUCUAAACAGAUUUCGGUGAUAAUUUGAAGAAAAAAAUCAUUAGGAAAGUGGCUAAAAUCACUUAAAAUUUUCGUUUUUUUUUAUCGAAACACGUCAACAGCGUUCAAAUUUCUUUUCAAAUAAAAAAAACGAUUUAGAUAAAACAAGCACAGAAAAAUUGAGCCUUAUUUAGACCUAAGUUUGCUUUAUUUGACCACUAUAUUUUGAAUACCCGGGAUGUCCGAGUAAAUUCGGGGAAUCUGGAAUGCAUACCCUACAAUAAAUAAUACAUCACUUUCACUUAUUUAUUGAAUGCAAAAAAAUCCUAGAGUUUACAUCGAAUCAAGCAUUAUGUUCUGAUAAGGAAGUUUUUUCUCCUCAUUUAAAAAAAUGUAAAGGCUUUUACCGGGGUAGAUUCGCAUUUCCUUAGAUUAAAAUUAUCCAAAUAAAAAAAAAUAACAGUACUUACAUUUUCGUAGAUGACGGAAAGAAUAAAAGAAACAUAAGCUAUCAAAGAACGAAAGAACAU